CGUCGUGGUACCAAACCAACUAUUUAACAAAUUCAAAGUUCGAUAAGCUUGUGAGCACAAAGCAACGAACUGUAGAGAAAUCUCAUCAACCAAACACAACAGAGGAAGAGCAGCAACAACUAGCAAUGUCAAUCGUAACCACCACAGUCUCAAUCGGAGAUCCAUGGGAGGUUCAGUACGCUCGCUUCUUCAACUGUCCAUCUCACUCCACUUCCGCCGGUGCACUUCAUCCCUCACUGGUUCCGUUUUCUAAAAAGUCCAAAGGCUCCUGGAUCUCUUCAUUCACGUCUCUCGCUUGCCUCAGAUUGCUCACCACCGCCACCAGUCACUCCGUCAUCAUCACAGUUACUCUCGUCGAUCACGUCAUCGAAGAGCAUUACAUUUCAAAGCUACAUUUCACCUGGCCUCAGGUCUCAUGUUUGACUGGAUACUCUCCUAGGGGUAGCAAAGUUGUAUUCAUGAGUUAUAAAGAUCAAGUAGGACAGAUUCAAAAGUUUGCUGUGCGAUUUCUCACAACUGACGAGACUGAAAGAUUUAUAAAUUUUUUAAAGGAAGCCUUUGGUCAUGAAAGUAUUAACGCGUCUACAUCUGGCAUCUCUAAAUCCAAAACAUCUUGUGAAUCUGAGAUCGUCCCUUUUGAAGCUGAAAAUAGACCAACACAAGACUGGGAUCUGAUAACCAAUUUUUCUGAACCCGUGUAUAGACCAAUACAAGACUCUAGUGCAAACGCAUCUUCUGCUGACACUUAUAUCCAACCGUAUUAUCCGGUUGAGAACCAUGAUGGCAUCCUAAACUCGAACCAUUUAAGUCAGGAUGUUCAAGGAAAACUCUCGGCUUUUCCUCCGAGUUUCACGUCAUUACUGAUGAACUGCUACCCUGUUGCUGAAUUAGCAUUGCAACCAAGUGAUCCAGAGGAAGUUAUUCUCAAAAAGGAUAUCAUGAAAUAUCUGGAAGACUCUUCCUUCCAAGAUAUGCUGAGCAAGGUACAGAAGGUCGUAAAUGAAUUUGGAGAUGAAUUGCUGUUGUAAACAUCUUGUAGACCACAGCAAUAUCAAUAAGUAAAGUUCAUCUGAUUCUGAUUUUCCUUUUUAAUGCACUUGACAUUAGCUCAGUAUUACUAAUGUAUAUGAGAUAAAUGAACACUUGAGCACAAGCCAUAAAGUUGUAGCACUAGUAGCCAUAAUCAUUUGUAUAGUAUGGAUGCCUGACUAUACAUGACAUUAUUACAAUGCAAUUUGAAAUGAGCCAUGAUUUGUGCUUCC